AGGAGAACACACGCGUAGCCCGGAGCAGGCCCGCUCAGCCUGCCCGACCGCGACCACCGCCCUCCACACACACCGCGAAAGUGAUAUUUCCACAUUGUUGGCUGGCCAGUUUUUGCUUGUAUGCCCCUGGUGCCAGUGCUGGUAGACCAACGCCUCACUCCGUCCCCGCCCGGCCCCGCAGCCACAGCGCCUCCACCUCCUCUCUGACUUCUUGUCUAGUCAAGUCCGGUGGUGCCCGGCUUAGGGUAGCGCCACCGGCGUCCCCUUCCUCAGUGCCAACCCCGCCUGCCUUCUAUAGGCCUACGUGUGACGGCUUCCCCUUUAACAAGAAAUUAGUUGAGUGACUGGAGUUGUCAGUGACGAAGAACUUGCAGGAGACGUCCGCUCUCCUUUGUGGACAGUGCUGUGUCAGAUAACGCUGAUGGAUACCUGCACCAGUGCCUUACAGUGCCUAGCCAGUGCGUGUGUGUUCCCCCUGCAGUGCAUAUCCCAGAGGCGCGUGCGUGGAUUCCCUUAAGUAGAAAUCGAGCCUCCUCUCCGUCCACCCCAUUGUGACUUUCGCCUCGCGUGUUAAAACGAAUUUUCUCCAAUCAUUGCAUUGCCCUCUUCUCGCUGGAUGAUAUAGUGAGGCCGGAGUGUACAUGAGCGCCGACACCGCGUCCUGUCUGCCUGCCAAUGUGCUGCCUCUUGCGAACAUCCAUGCUCCUUGUUGAAGGCGUGGACGUUACUCAGGAGUCCCCUCUUGCCCCCGACGAGACCCCCGCAGCCCCCCCGUCCUCUUUCACCCCGCCGCAUAGCCACGCCCAUAACAUGCUCGUCCUCCAACCACAGCAAUCUCUUCUCCACCCGAGCGUGGCUGAAGCCCUGUCGGCGUCCUACGGCCUGGCGUCCACCUUCGGAGAUGACUCCCUCAGCGGAACCACCAGCGAGGAGUUCAAGAUAAGCUCAGCGUUCACAGCCACGCCGGCACCGAGCUACGGCGAGGGCGGCAGCGAAGCCUCCUUCACCGAUGUCUUCCAGACCGAUUACCUGCUGGCGACCGCUCCCCUCGAGGACCUCAAGCCCGUCAUCAGCCACCCGUCUUCGGGGACGCCCCCGCCCGGAUCGCCAGGUCACGCCGCAGUCUCCGCUGCCUCGUCCGCAGCGGCCGCGGCUGCAGCUCUGCCAAGCUUCCAGGAGACUUACUCUCCGCGGUACAGACCGCUUGACGCUGAUGUGUUCACCUUCAAGACCGACAACGGGCGGCCCGUCGAGUACCCGCAGCCCCCGCCGGCGCACCAGACUUUCCCUCAGGCUUCCCCGCAGCACCAGCAGCAACAGCUACAGCAGCAAGCCCAGUUGAACACACAGCAGCAGCAACAACAGCAACAGCAGCAGCAACAGCAACAACAGCAGCAGCAACAAAGCACAGGCCCCUUCGAGGCCUACGCCCACUCGCCCCAGGUGUACGCCAGGCCUGCGCCCUACCCCAGUCCUUCCGUUCCCGUCACACACGGCUACUCCGGCCCGGCCAAGACGUUCAGCGGCGAGUUCUACCCCAACGCCCCCACUUACGAUGCUCUUCAGCCCCUCCAUCCAGACCAGUACAUGCGUCCCUCCACGUCCCACCACUACCCGGAGAUGGCCUCCACCUCGAGCACGCCUCCCAUGCCUUUCCUGAGCCGCAAGGGCGCAGGGGAGCACAUGGACCCCUCGUUGAUGCGCUCGCACCUGCCCCCCAUGGCUUCCGGGCGCCCCGCCUCUGAUCAAAAGCCACAGUCGCCAUCACAGCUGUGCGCCGUCUGUGGCGACACGGCUGCCUGUCAGCACUAUGGCGUUCGUACCUGCGAGGGUUGCAAAGGCUUCUUCAAGCGAACCGUCCAGAAAAACGCCAAGUACGUCUGUCUCGCUGACAAAAACUGCCCCGUCGAUAAGCGUCGCCGCAACCGAUGUCAGUUCUGUCGUUUCCAAAAGUGUUUGGUGGUGGGGAUGGUCAAGGAAGUGGUGAGGACCGACAGCCUGAAGGGCCGCCGAGGGCGCCUGCCCAGCAAGCCCAAAAGUCCCCAGGAGUCCCCGCCUUCCCCGCCCGUGUCCCUGAUCACGGCGCUGGUGCGGGCGCACGUGGACACCACCCCGGACGUGUCCAACCUCGACUACUCGCAUUACCGCGAGCCCUCCAGCGGCGGCGACUCCCCGACCACGGAGGCCGAGCGAAUCCAGCUGUUCUACAACCUCCUCACCUCAAGCAUCGAAGUCAUCCGACACUUCGCCGAGAAGAUCCCCGGCUAUCACGACCUCGCCCGCGAAGACCAAGACCUCCUCUUCCAGUCAGCCUCCCUCGAGCUCUUUGUCUUAAGAGUAGCCUACAGACUCAUGAACAACCCCGACGACACGAAAUUCGUCUUCGACAGCGGCCGAGUGUUGCACAGGUCCCAGUGCGAGUGGUCCUUCGGCGAGUGGCUACAAGGCAUCUUGGAUUUCUCAGCAUCGCUAAAAUCGAUGGAAUUGGAUAUUUCAGCAUUUGCUUGCCUCUCCGCUCUGACGAUCAUUACAGAGCGACAUGGCCUCAAGGACACCAAAAAGGUGGAGCAAUUGCAGAUGAAGAUCAUCAGUUCGCUGAGAGACCACGUGACCUACAACGCCGACGCCCAAAAGAAGCCUCACUACUUCUCUCGCAUCUUGGGGAAGUUGCCGGAGCUUCGAUCGCUGUCAGUGCAGGGCCUGCAGAGGAUCUUCUACCUGAAGCUGGAGGACCUGGUCCCGGCGCCUCAGCUGAUAGAGAACAUGUUCGUGUCCAGCCUUCCCUUCUGAAUCGGAGAGAGAACGAAAAAACGUCUCAAGACUGUAAAACCAUUAGGCUCAACGAUCUUCGUCUCGAAGUCGUGUUGUGAGCUGGCUCCUGACGAAGCUGGGACCCCUUGGUCGAGCUGACGUGGCCAUGGGCCUGCCGGAGAAGCAGAGGGCGACGACGCCAGAUUCCCGUGUUACCUUCCCGCCCGCGUCAACGCUGCCCACUGCCCACGCCCAGCCAGGUCUGCGGUUAAGUGGCCACGCUCCUCAUGUAAACAUACCCCAUGCAGGAAGCUGCUGUACACUCCCCCGUGGAGUCAUGCCCACAGAAUAAAAACAAAAGUAAGAGUGCAUUGUAGUUGUCACGUGACGAAGGGGCAGCGUACGUGCAGACACACUUCAGAUUUACAGAUUUUAUUGAGAGUAUGAAUGCAUUAUAUUUUCAACAAUCGGUAUAAGAAGAGAGGCCCUUGGCGGUUUGUUCGGCCUUGUCGGCAUGAGAGUAUGAAAGCUCUGGUGUGCAUGAUAUGAGACUUGUCAGUUCGGUGGGACGCCCUUGACAAACUAGUCAUUCUGUGAUUUACUGGAAAAAAAGAUUUGAAGGAUGAGUAAUGAGAAUAUUGUUUAUACUUUGAGCUCAGUAAAGCUUGAUUCCGUAUUUUUGUAAUUACUUUUAAGUCAACUUAGAAUAGUCUGAAAUACAAUAUUUUCGGCCUUACCUUGUGCAUAGGUAAUUGUACAAAACCCUGUACAUAAAUACUCUUAUAAUUUGGGCUCCUUGAAUCCCAAUGUCGCAGAACCGGGAACCAGAAUUGGUCCAAGGAACUCUUCGCCAGCAUCAACCAAGAGCGAACCCACUCUCAAGGAUGAAUUCUGUAUCACUUAGGCUCUACGUAAGAGAUCUCCACAAACUUGUCGGCUAUGCUGAUUCUCCCAUUUAUGUCUGGAGGUUUUUACUCUGUGAUACAGAAUCGUACCCCCUCCACCCCUCAAAAAAGAAAACCUAUUUGAACGCUAUGAUGCCAAAGAAGAUCUCGUCUUCUCAAUUUCUAUUUAGAAUUAUUAAUCCAAUACGUACUCGAUGGUGCUGUGGAAUUCAAAACAAAAAUUGGCCAAGAAUAAGUGCAAAAAGGAGAAAGAUUUGCAAUAAUGUUCCUUGGGCCCUUCUCGUUACCACUUCCUCCUUCGGGACGCGCGCUUCCUUUGUCUGAAGCGCGCCGAUCCCCUGGAAAAAGGAUGCGAUUCCUCCUACAAAAGGGGCGCCUGUUCCAGAAUCCGUGUUUUGAAUCUUAUUUUUUGUCUCCGUUGACUGUGUAUUGGCCCGGUGAUAAUACUAUGGAGUAACUGACCUACUAACGCUUUUUUGGUCUAGCUGGGAGUUACAUAGAAGGGUUUGAAGUCCCCCAAUGUGCUGCUAGAACUAAUUUUUCCUGUGGAAGUUUUAAGUACCUGUAGCCUAUACGCGGCGCCCGUCUGUAACUCUGCUGACGAGACUAUUAUUGCCAUGGCUUCAAGCCUAUAUUGUGUCCCAAUUUUAACGUUGUCUGGUCACUGUUUUGCCUUUUAUGUUUUAGUCAGUAUUAUAUGUCAUUUCGUGUCAUAUAUUCAGUGUUCACAUUUUUUCAAUGUAACUGACGUCCACUGAAUCCAACCAACCUCACGGGAUCAGCACUGAACUGGGAAGUGCUUCUCCUGGUUUCUGCCCCCCCCCCCACCCCCCACGCACACUACCCUCCCUCCACUGUCCCUCCUCCCCCCGCCCCAUCCCCAACCCCAUCUCCCCCUCCACUUCCCCUUCCCUUUGGUCCCGCAGCCCUCGCCACACCAGCAAAAAAGGUGGAGGACGACCUUCCUCGUGGCCUCCUGCAGUCCCAACUCCGUCGUUGUGGAUAGAUGUCUUUCCAGGCCGCCCCCCCCCCCUCCCUUUUAACCCCCUUCCCCUCCCCCUCCCCAAAAGAUUUAGCCAGCCCUGUUUCGUCUGGAUGGUUCCUCCCCUGGCCGCCCUCACGCCCUAGGUGUAUGGUCAACAAAUUUACACGUGUGGGCGCCCAAGGGACUCUUUGGGUGGGAUCCUGUUUGAACAUUGCGUUCACUCCAAACAUAAGUAUCCAUAAUGCAACAGUGAGAGAUAACCAUACAGUUUUGCAACGUAUGAGAGAAAAAAAAAACUAUUAUAUAUAUAUCCCCAGCAAUACCAUAAAUACUGUUGGAAAAGAAUACCUAUCUGUUAUCUCCAAAGAAGAAAAAAGAUAAUAUUAAUGAAUUUUCUCAAAGUGACUAUGGAAUUCCAAAGAUAUUGGUGUCCCAUACAAUGUCUCGUUGUAUAAUUGUUUAAACGGACAAUCCAUUCGGUUUUUGCCUGAUUUAUGUAUGUGGUAGGAUCUAGAUGUUCACCGGAAAUUGUUCACAUAGCCACACACAUGUUCAGAUGACCUGAGAGUAUUUUGCUUCUCUCUCUCCUUCUUUUUUAUUCCUUCCCUUCCCUGUAUUUUAUUUUUAUAUGUUUAAGAUAAGUUUCUUCUGAUUUAUUUUUUAUAAGUUCGCCGCCACACUGAUGCUGGUCUGUAGUCCAUGACAAGUGUUUUAGAUAAGUCGUUUGGUCUCUUUUGAAAAUGGUGCUGAGGUCAUCUGAGGUAUGCGUGUAAUAUAUUUUUUUGCCUUGAGCUUCUCUGUAGCAAUGGCCUAGGGAGAGCAGAUGUCAAGCUACAUAUCGUCUGCCCGAGUCGGACCUGUGAAGUUAAAGUAAAAGAGGAAAAAAAAUCUUAUAUAUAUGUUUUUUUACCAGUUGUUUUCCAAGGUGAUGCAAAUGAUUCGGUUAACCUUUUCCCCAAAGAAAAUGAAAUGCGCACAGGUAUUUGACAUAUGAAAAUGCUCCGAACAAUCGAAAUGGUGCUGUUUUGAAUAAUAAAAUUAUCGAAAGUCACGCAGGUGGACUUAUAAUCACACAGGUGGUUCUUACCUCUCUCUCCCUUGACAAUUGCUGUGCUCAGGUCUCACUGCAACGACCCGCUGUAAAGCAUUCGGACUGCAAAUGCUUACUUCUUUACACCUACACAUUCAUGUCCGUUGGGAUCGAUGUACACAACCGAAAUGCAUAAUGCACACACACACACACAAUAUAUAUAUAAAAUCACACACACACACACAUAUAUAUAAAAUCUCACACACACACACACACACACACACACACACACACACACACACACACACACACACACACACACACACACACACACACACACACACACACACACACACACACACACACACGGGUCGUAAGACAGAGGGUGUGACCAAACAUACUCCAACCAGUAUAAGCUGUUUUGUAAAGCGACGGCCGUUAAGUCAGAAAGAAGAAAACUUAUCAAAAAGUGAAUACAAGAUAGAAAAUAUAUACAUAUAUAUAUACACAUAUUUAUUCAGCUGUACAGCUCAUCGAGGUUGGUUUGUGUUACAAACUGAUGGUGUUACCAGUCAAGCUUAACCUAUUCUAGCCGUAUGUGUGGGUUACCAUCUCAUCUUAAGAAUUAUAGUUUAAUAUAUAGACUACUAGAUUGAGAUACUCCGUACAUGCCCUCUGAUGAUUUUAAAAACUGCUUGUUAUCAGCGGGUUGUGUAUGUGAGUAUUGUAAUUUAUUUUUUUGUCCUAGAUAUUGAUUGUACAUAGUUUUGAUGACAUAAAAAAAUAUGGUGAAGUUAAUAGAUUAUACGAAUUAUCACCGCCAUCUUUUCUUUAUUUUUUCUUUUAAUUUUAGUGCUAUGUCUUCUAUGCAGGCAUUUUUUUUAAAUAUGCCUGAAUCCACUUUUUUCGUUGGGUGUAAAAAGAAAAUGGCGAAACAAAAGGGUUCCGUUUGGGAAUCUUCCGCCCUCUUGCCCGACAGCGUAUACUGUUUCUCGUUUUAAACGGUCCAAGUGUCUUAAUGUCAUCAUAUCAUCUGAAAAUAAAUAAGAUGUGAAACUUGAAUUUUUCUGCUGUUUUUGCGUCAUAAAAGUCAUUAUAUUAAGUGUAUAAGUGUUCAUAUUAUUGUUAAUGCCUACAUGUUGAAUAAAAAAAAAUCUCUUGUUGUCAAGAAGACACGUUAUGUUAUUUGCUCUUUACAAAAAUACGAAGUGUUUUUUCAGAUAAUGCCUAGCCGGGUUGUGGCUAUUUCAAAACAAACCCGGACUCACUCACCUAGGUUAUUGAAAGUAACUUAUUUUUUCAUGAAUUUGGAUAAAUGGAAAAUGUCACUGAUCUCACAACUGGACCGUUAAAAAAAGUUAGCAAUUCAAGAUGUCUUUAUACUACAGAAGGGCCUCUAUCUGAGAGCCAAAGUUGAUAGAGCUGUAUUUUUUUGUGUAUAAUAUUCUCUUUCUAAUGUAGCAUUCCAAGUUUAGAAUAAUUUGAACCACAAUGUACUCGCCUUAAUUUUCAACUCAUUUGUUCAUCUCUUUCAGUUAUUAAUGUCUUCUAUGUGCUGUGCUUUUGUAUGCCACACUAUCUCCUUUUCAAAAAAUGAAAUACCUAUAUAUAGAACACAUAAGAUUAUCAUUUUUUACAAAAUAUCUCAUUUAGAUACAGCUUCACUACCUUUUUUUAUUUACCUUUUUCUUAUUUUAAUCUUUGCAGCUUCUAUGAAACGAUCCAUUCAACAUCUUCCUUGCACUUUGUCCAGCUAAACCUUGCAUCCAUUGUCUAACGUACUACACUCUUUCCACUGUAGUGAACACUUUUCUAGCAUUCCGUACUAAACUCCUAUGUUCCAUGUUUUAUAAGAAAAAAAUAAUGCUAUUCCAUGAACUUAGCACCAUUUAUUUCUUUUAUACCAAGCGUCUUUGUUCAAUGUAUCCAGAACCAACUGUUCCUCUAUACACAUUGUAUUUUCUCACAUGCCCAGCAUUCAGUGUCUUGCAAGCCACUGCUUACAACCCAGGAUUUUUGUCCCCGAGAAUCUUCAAGAGUCUAUACUUGUGAUAUCAGCGUCAUUUUGUAGAUGUACCCAACUCUGUCAAUAUGGUUAUAAGCCUGUCUCAUCCGCUGUUCUCACUUUUCCUAUUUUUGAGAUAAUAUAAAUGAAAGAUGAA